AUGGGUGGUUCAAAUAUGACAAACAAUAACACUUUUGAAAAUGGUACAUCGAGACCUGAUUUGCUCUGCUCAUCCACAAGUCCUGACACGGAUUUAACAAAAGCUUGGAAGACAAUUUCUUACUGCGUUAUCAUCCUUGCAUCUCUUUUUGGAAAUACAUUGGUUAUACUGGUGGUGUACAAGAAAAGACGAAUGAGGACAACAACAAAUUUCAUUAUAGUAAACAUGGCUGUAAGUGACAUGUUCUUUGCGGUCUUCACAACUCCUCCAUCCAUUCGAACAAUUUACGUAGGAGAUUAUUUGUUGGUUCGUGGGAUAACAGCUGACCUGAUUUGCAAGCUUGUCACCUUCAUACAGCAAGUCUCGCUAGCAGUUUCCAUAUUAUCUCUUACCGCUAUCGCCUUUGACCGUUUCUUCGCCAUCCUGUUUCCAUUUCGAAAAAUCAUCAACCGCCGGACAACAAAAGUCCUCGUCGCUCUUACUUGGCUGAUAGGUGCCAUGUUGACAGCUCCUGUUCUGUAUGCUAACAGGACUGUCGUGGAAGACGGAAGCGACAAACUUACUUGUAAGGAAGUCUGGGAGCCUCUUUUCAACAGCAGCAAAGCUAGGAGUGAUUACACUUUCGUCCAGUUUGGCUUUCUUUACGCAGGACCACUCACAGUUAUAGCGGUACUUUACACGGCAAUCGUUAUCGAGUUAUGGCGAGGGAAUUCCGUCAAAUUUCGCGCAAAGGCCAACUAUCAAGAAGUCGAGAAAUCAAAUAAGAAAGUGCUUAAAAUGCUUGUCACGGUAAUUGUAGUUUUCGCUCUAUUUUGGCUCCCGAUAUACAUAUUUCAAUUCCUAGUUUAUACUGGUAAUGAGAGAUGCUCUGUCCGUGGGGUGAUUCAAUUUAUUGGGUAUUUUCUUUGCCAAGCCACAAGCGCUGUUAAUCCGUUCAUCUACGCAAUCUAUAGCGAGAAUUAUCGUAGUGGUUUUAGAGCUGUCUUACACAACUUAAUUUAUUGUCAAGGAAGAAAGCUCUUCCACAGAGAGUCUUCGAGAGGAGAAAGUUUAAGUGGCCGACGCGAAAAAAAGGUAGAGUUGUACUUUCUGUAA